UGCCGUAAAGCGCGUGCGUCGGUGUCGCACACGGUGUCGCGCAGCGGUGUGAUGGCGGCGGCAGGGCUGGUGCUGAACGGGGCCGAGGCGGCCGCAGGGCUCCAGGCCGCGGCCGGUGUCUAUGAGCAGCUCAAGGGGGAGUGGAACCGGAAGAGCCCAAACCUCAGCAAGUGUGGGGAGGCGCUGGGGAGGCUGAAGCUGGCCCUCCUGGAGCUCAACUUCCUGCCCACCACCGGCACCAAACUGACCAAGCAGCAGCUGAUCCUGGCCCGGGACAUCCUGGAGAUCGGGGCCCAAUGGAGCAUCCUGCGCCGGGACAUCCCCUCCUUUGAGCGCUACAUGGCCCAGCUCAAGUGCUACUACUUCGACUACCAGGAAGCGCUGCCGGAAUCAGCCUCCAAGCACCAGCUCCUGGGCCUCAACCUCCUCUUCCUGCUCUCCCAGAACCGUGUGGCCGAAUUCCAUACGGAGCUGGAGCGGCUCCCGGCGCCCGACAUCCAGGGCAACGUCUACAUCCGGCACCCCGUGUCCCUGGAGCAGUACCUGAUGGAGGGCAGCUACAACAAGGUCUUCCUGGCCAAGGGCAACAUCCCAGCCGAGAGCUACACCUUCUUCAUUGACAUCCUGCUGGACACCAUCCGGGAUGAGAUCGCUGGAUAUGAGAAGGCCUAUGAGAAGAUCCUGUUCAGUGAGGCCACGCGCAUCCUGUUCUUCACCACAGCCAAGAAGAUGAGCGACUAUGCCAAGAAGAGGGGCUGGGUGCUGGGACCCAACAACUACUACAGCUUCCUGAGCCGGCAGCACAAGGCUGAGGAUGCCACCAUCCCCUCCACUGAGCUGGCCAAGCAGGUCAUCGAGUACGCAAGGCAGCUGGAGAUGAUCGUCUGAGGGGGGUCAAUGGCAUCUAUGGGGGGCCCAAUGGCAUCUA